GCUCUUGCAGAGGACAUGGGUUCGGUGUCUGGACUCACAUGGAGAUCAGGGGAUCUGACACCCUCUUCCGAACUCCGAGGCCACCGGGCAUGCACACGGUGCACACAGACAUCCAUGCAGGCAAAACCACUCAUACAGUAAAAUAACCUAAAGAGAAGCCCAGCCAGUUCCUGGUCACGCCUCUCUCAAGCCGGUUUGUCUACUCUCUUAGUUUGGAGCAACGGCUUUUCGAAGCCCCACCCUCUACCUUUUGGUCCUGUUUCCGGCUGUCACCUUUUCCUCAUUGCUCUCCUUGUGGCUCUGCCAAUACAGCAGCCCUGGGGUGGGGUGGGGGUCCUUUGGACUAGCUGUCCUCUCUGCCUAGACUGCUGACACCCUCAUAUCCCUUAGUUAUUUGUCAAAGUGAGGUCUACUCCGACCAUUCUAUUUAAACCACAAGCUUCCCACCCUGAGAAGCCCGUGCUCUAUUUCCCCAGGCAAUUUUCACCUUGUAACAUUUUUCACUCUAGACGAUACUAUUAAUUGAAGAAAAGUGCGUAAACAACAACAAUAACAAACACCCACUGCACCCCACAAGAAACCAUGCAGCGUAACUCAAAGCAGGGUGUAGUCUACGCUUCUCUCUCUACAUUGUGAGGUCAGGCAGGGGACCUCAGAGCUGAGACCUAAAUGUCAAGGAGCCCUGAGGCUAGCGGUGGGGGUAGGGUGAGAAGAAAGGGCCCUCUGGACUUCAGGAACUGCAAAGCAGAGGUUGAGGUGAGAACCCACAAGCUCCUGGGCAGGCAUUUGAACGCGUUUGCCUUCAGGGCUUCUGGGAAUCCUGCCUGCUCUCCCGCCGUCCUCCCUGCAAGCCUUUGGAUGGACAGACACCAGGUAGAGCCUCGGGACCACAAGUGGACUGCAGACCCGCACCGGCAGUUUUUUGAUAUCCAGUUGUUGUUUUUUGUGACCCGUACAUGACCUUUGAGAUGAAUGGCAAGGAAGACUAGUCAGUCUCCUUCACAGAUGAAGUCUGAGAGCUGCAGUAGGAGCCACAGGACUGGGCUGCAGGUCUUCUGAGCUACCAUCUCUCUAUCUCAGCAUUCUUGUGGGAGCCAUGAAGCUGAACAAGAGGAGUGUGGCCCACUAUGCUCUGAGCGAUUCUCCAGCAGACCACACUGGCUUCCUUCGUACUUGGGGAGGACCAGGGACCCCCCCUACUUCCAGUGGUGCUGGCCGAAGAUGCUGGUUUGUUCUCAAGGGCAACCUGCUAUUCUGUUUCGAGAGUAGAGAAAGCCGGGCCCCUCUGAGCCUGGUGGUAUUGGAGGGCUGCACCGUGGAGCUGGCUGAGGCUCCUGUGCCCGAGGAAUUUGCCUUUGCCAUUCGCUUUGAUGCCCCUGGAGUGCGCCCACACUUGCUGGCUGCGGAUGGGCAGGUUGCCCAGGAGGCCUGGGUGAAGGCACUGUCCCGAGCCAGCUUUGGCUACAUGCGACUUGUGGUACGAGAACUGGAGAGCCAGUUGCAGAAUGCCCGUCAGAGUCUGGCCUUGCAUCGCUGUGCGUCCCAGAAGUCUGUUGCCAGCUGCAGUAAGCCUCAGCCUCCUGACCGACGGGCUCCAGGCCCUGAGAAUGGCCACUUUCUCCCCAGGGACCGAAACUCCAAUGUUUCUGUGGAAGAAAAGGGGAGCAGGCCAGUGGGUCGGGAUUUGACUGAGUGGGAGUUACAGGGCCCUGCCAGCCUCCUCCUAAGCAGGGGACAGAGCCCUGUGUCCCCUGAGACCUCCUGUUUCUCUACCCUGCAUGACUGGUAUGGGAAGGAGAUUAUGGAGCUGAGGCGAGGAUGGCAGCAGAGGGCCAGUGGGAGCCAGCCAGAGAGCAAGCAACAGAACAGCCCCUGAGCCAGGACCUCUGAGCUGUGGCCCUGUCCUGCUGGUUGGGAUGCCGGGAUGUCCUUUGGUCUCCUCCGUGUCUUCUCCAUUGUGAUCCCUUUUCUCUAUGUUGGGACACUCAUUAGCAAGAACUUUGCUGCUUUACUUGAGGAGCAUGACAUUUUUGUUCCAG